AUGACUAUUAUCGACGGUAAAGCGAUUGCCAAUGGGAUCAGACAGGAGAUCAAGGAGGGCAUUUCUGGCUUGAAACAGAAAUAUGCGGCAUUCCGCCCCACAUUGACCAUUUUCCAGAUCGGAAACAGACAGGAUUCCAAUACGUAUGUGAGAAUGAAGCUAAAGGCAGCCAAAGAAGCUGGCAUUGAAGUGAGGUUCAUCCAUCUCGAGGAAUCAGUGUCUGAGCUAGAGGUGCUUGCCAAGAUUGAUGAUGAAAAUGACGAUGAGUCGGUGCACGGUAUUCUAGUGCAAUUGCCUCUUCCAAAGCAUCUAAACGAGGAUAAGAUCACGUCACGUGUGGCAGCAUCCAAGGACGUGGAUGGGUUCGGUCCAUUCAACAUUGGGGAGUUGAACAAGCGUAACGGUAAGCCAUUCUUCGAGCCAUGCACGCCCAAGGGUAUUAUCGAGCUUUUGAAAAGAUCUGGCGUCACAAUUGCCGGUGCAGAAGCGGUUGUCAUUGGAAGAUCCGAUAUCGUUGGGUCUCCAGUUGCAACGUUGUUGACCUCUCUUGAUGCCACGGUGACCAUUUUGCACUCCAAGUCGAAGGAUUUGCACAAGUUCUUGGAAAAUGCCGAUAUUGUUAUCGUUGCCAUUGGCCAGCCGGAGUUCAUCAAGGGCGAGUGGUUUGCCAACAACAAGCGUGGUGCCGUUGUCAUCGAUGUGGGCACGAACUUCGUCGAGGAUGCAAGCAAGAAAUCGGGCUACAGAAACGUCGGGGACGUGGAGUUUGCAGCUGCUGAGCCAUACGUGAAGUUGAUCACGCCUGUGCCAGGCGGUGUCGGACCCAUGACCGUUGCCAUGUUGAUGCAGAACACUUUCGAGAGCGCACAAAGAGCGUUAGAUCGCCAAUUGAACGUCGGAGGGAACGACUUCGAGCCAUUGCCUCUAAACUUGGUGAAACCAGUGCCAUCGGACUUUGAGAUCUCGAGAGCUCAAAUCCACAAGCCAAUCACCCAAAUCGCCAAGGAAUCCGGUAUUCUACCCUCCGAAUUGGAGCCAUACGGUGAUACCAAGGCCAAGGUUAAGUUGGAUAUCUUGAACAGAUUGAAGGACCGUGAAAACGGUAAGUACGUUCUAGUCACAGGUAUCACUCCAACUCCAUUGGGUGAAGGUAAGUCCACAACUACAGUUGGUUUAGCGCAAGCGCUAGGUGCCCACCUGAAGAAGAAGGUUUUCGCCAACGUGCGUCAACCUUCCAUGGGACCCACCUUCGGUAUCAAGGGUGGUGCUGCCGGUGGUGGUUACUCUCAAGUUAUUCCAAUGGACGAGUUCAACUUGCACGUCACUGGUGAUAUCCAUGCCAUUUCCAUGGCUAACAACUUGUUGGCUGCAGCUAUUGACACAAGAAUGUUCCACGAGUCUACCCAAUCCAACGCAGCCCUUUACAAGAGACUUGUCCCAACUAAAAAGGGCGUUAGAAAGUUCACUCCAACCAUGUUGAGAAGGUUGAAGAAGUUGGGCAUCGACAAGACAGAUCCAAACGAGCUAACAGAAGAAGAGAGCGCAAGAUUCGCUAGAUUAGACAUUGACCCAGACACCAUCACUUGGAGACGUGUUGUUGACUGUAACGAUAGAUUCUUGAGAGGAAUCACCGUGGGUCAAGCUCCAACCGAACGUGGUCAUACCAGAUCUACUGGUUUCGAUAUCUCUGUUGCCUCUGAGUGUAUGGCCGUUCUUGCUUUGGCUAACUCGUUGGAAGACAUGAGAGAAAGAUUAGGUAGAAUCGUUAUUGCUGCUUCGAAAUCGGGCGAACCAAUUACUUGUGAAGACAUCGGAUGCGCUGGCGCAAUGACUGCGUUGUUGAAGGACGCUAUCAAGCCAAAUAUCAUGCAAACUUUGGAAGGUACUCCUGUGUUUGUUCACGCUGGUCCAUUCGCCAACAUUUCGAUCGGUGCCAACUCUGUAUUGGCUGAUAAGAUGGCCUUGAAGUUGGCCGGUGUUCCACAGGAACUACCUCAGGAUGUCAAGGAUUCCCAAAAGGGUUACGUGAUUACAGAAGCCGGUUUCGAUUUCACUAUGGGUGGUGAAAGAUUCAUCAAUAUCAAGUGUAGAUCCAGUGGUUUGGUUCCAGAUGUUGUCGUUAUCGUUGCCACUGUUAGAGCUCUAAAAGUUCACGGUGGUGGUCCAGAGGUUAAAGCUGGUGCUCCAUUGCCUGCUGAAUAUCUACACGAAGAUGUUGAAUUGUUAAGAAAAGGUUGUGCCAACUUGGCAAAGCACAUUUCAAACGCCAGAGCUUACAAUCUACCUGUUGUUGUUGCAAUUAACAGAAUGUCUUCUGACACUGACAAGGAACACGAAGUUAUUAGAGAAGAAUCUAUCAAGGCUGGUGCUGUGGACGCCAUAGUGUCAAACCACUGGGAAGAAGGUGGUAAGGGUGCUGUGAACUUGGCUGAAGGUAUCAUCAAGGCCGCUAAUGAAGAAUCAAACAAGGACUUCAAGUUCUUGUACGACGUGGAAGGUAGCAGCGUUGAAGAUAAAAUCUCUGCCAUUGCCAAGGAGAUGUAUGGUGCUGGUGAAGUGGAGUUCUUGCCAGAGGCACAAGCUAAGAUCGAUCUUUACACAAAACAAGGUUUCAGCAACUUACCAAUCUGUAUUGCUAAGACCCAAUACUCUUUGUCACACGAUGCAAACUUAAAGGGUGUGCCAACUGGGUUCAAGUUCCCAAUUAGAGAUGUGAGAGCAUCUAUUGGUGCAGGAUACUUGUACGCGCUAGCAGCUGAAAUUCAAACCAUUCCUGGUCUACCAACACACUGUGGUUUCAUGAACAUCGAAGUUAACGAAGACGGUGAAAUCGACGGUAUGUUCUGA